GACGAGGACCUCACCUGCAAGACAUGACUCCCAUGUGGCUCUUCCUCUUCCUGCUGUCAGCUCCCAGAUGUGUCCAGUCCAAGGUGCAGCUGCAGGAGUUGGGACCAGGACUGGUGAAGCCCUCGCAGACCCUCUCCCUCACCUGCACUCUGUCUGGGGGCUCAGUCACCAGCAGUUACUGGUGGAGCUGGAUCCGCCAGCCCCCAGGGAAGGGGCUGGAGUGGAUUGGGGGCAUAUGGCAUGAUGGAGACACUAACUACAGCCCCUUGCUCAAGAGUCACACCAUCUCCAUAGACACGUCCAAGAACCUGUUCUCCCUGCAGCUGAGCUCCGUGACAACUGAGGACAUGUCCGUGUAUUACUGUGCCAGACACACAGUGAGGGAAAGUCAAU